AUUUAAUAGUGUCUGAGAUAUGGAAUUCGAGCGAAUGCUGAAACGUGACUCAAUAUCGGCAGUUCGUUUAUCGUUCAGCGGUUUGUCCAUGCUGUAAAAGAUGCAAUACUAUUUCAACCCUUUCAAUGAACCAAUUCUGAACUAAAGGUGGGGCAUCUGUUUAAAGUCCGAUAAAGAUUUAAAGGACAAAAUGCCGUUUUUGUUGCUUUCUGCAUUAUCCGGCAAAUGUUCUGCGUCAAUUACUUGCAGAAAUAUGAGAGCUCUGUGAGAUCACGUUGCUUAUCUGGGUGACAAUUUUCAUUGGACCUGUGUCAGUACACUGCCUUUAAAAAAUGGCCAGAGUUGCCAGACCGUUUAAGUUUAACUGGCAAGUGGAGGUACCACGGCAGCUACAGGAAGGAUGCGUGUUUGAUCGAUGGGAUGAGGAAACCGGGGAAAUCGAAUACGAAUGCCGGUUAAAAGUGGACGAGCAGGGUUUUUUCUUCUACUACCGAUCGCCUACUUCCAGAACCGACACGGUCGUUCUGGAUAUGGCACACGUAUCUGACAUUCGCAACGACAUUGUUCCAACGAACUUAACCGUUAACGCGAAACUGUCGGAGCGCGGACGAGGGCAUCUGGGCGACCGGUGUCUGACGUUAUGCAGUGGAAACGAUCUUGUCAACCUCCUGUAUCGCCACUUUGUUGCACCGGAUCCUGGAACAUGUAAGCUCUGGACAGAAACGCUACGGAAACUUGCCCACAACAUUAAAGCUAACCAUCUCUGCCCCAUGACUAUGCUGCACAAACAUUGGAAACGUCUAGCACUUACAACGAACGAAAGAGGCAAAAUCUCUGUGCGCCGUAUAACGCGGACCUUUGCGUUGGAAAGGACCGAGGAAACCGUUCUACAGUGCCUACACCAUCUGAUACGGUCCAGAUCACAGAAUGACGAAGCCGACCCCAAAGACUUUACCUUCGAAAAAUUCCACUUGCUGUACCACACCAUUUGUUCUCGGCACGAUAUCCGCGACCUUUUCAAGCAAAUGUCGAAAGGUCACGAUUAUUUGGAAGUGGGAACACUGGUCAAGUUCUUCAACGAGGAGCAACGAGAUUCCCGGUUACAUGGAACACUCCAUCCACUUCAUACAAAAGAGCGUGUGAUAGCGCUUAUUGGUCAAUACGAAACGGACCCUAAGUUCCGGCGCCACAAUCGAAUGAGCCUAGCUGGUUUCUGUAAUUACCUCAUGUCCGAUGAGAAUGCGCCGGUCUCACUGGAUCGCUUGGACGUCCACCAGGAUAUGGAUCAGCCUUUGAGUCAUUACUUCAUCAAUUCCUCGCAUAACACCUACUUAACAGGGCGGCAGUUUGGCGGCAAAUCUUCUGUGGACAUGUACCGGCAGGUUCUGCUGGCUGGAUGUCGGUGUAUUGAGCUGGAUUGCUGGGACGGUAAAGGCGCCGACCAAGAGCCCAUCAUUACGCACGGAAAGGCUGUUUGUACAGACAUUUUAUUUAAGGAUGCCAUUAUAGCCAUUCGCGACACAGCAUUCGUAGUCUCUGAUUUCCCGGUGAUUCUAUCCUUUGAAAAUCAUUGCAGCAAGCCACAACAGGACAAAAUGGCCAAGUACUGUGAAGAAAUUCUGGGCGAUCUUCUGUUAAAAGCACCACUGGAUGGUUAUCGAAUACGAGAUGGAGCUCCGCUUCCGUCCCCUUGCGCCCUUAAAAGGAAGAUUCUCAUCAAAAACAAACGUCUAAAACAGUCGAUUGAACGACAGGAGCUGGAGCUGCUGCGGCAAGGCCAUGUCGACGCGGUUCUCAGCGAUGACCCAAGCCACGAUCCCGCGACGAAGGUGGACGGAGAGGAACGAGCUCCGACGUCCACCGACGACCGGCCGUUGGCGGCAAUGCUUUCCGCAUCAUCCAUCCACAGUCGUCCGACGAUUCUCGCUGUGCCGGACGAGCUGCCGCCGCCCGAUGAAUACAAUCCACCGCCCGGACCACAGGGCGAGGAUCCGCAUCCCGAACGGCCGCUGGACAGUCGUCCGAUAGCGACCGCUAUUAACGGGCCAUCGUACGUUAAGGCGAAGUGGGCGGCUUGGUUACGAGCGGCACUGCGUCGUGGAAAAAUGGCCCGCUCAAGCAGAACACCGGUCGACUGCGCUGACGCGCCCGCCCGAGCGCGCAGUGGGUCCAUGUUGCGCUUGCACGAAUUGCUGAAGUCGAAUACGCUUCAGCGCAUUAAGACAAUUAGGCGAAUCCAGAACCCAGUGAAUCAGGAUGACGAGACGUCACUGCAGGCUUAUUACGAAUACACUGGAGCAACUACAGACAUUCACCCGCGACUGUCGUCUUUGGUGAACUACAUCCAGGCGGUAAAAUUUCAAGGAUUUGAGGUGGCUGCAAAGCGCAAUUUAUCGCAUUGCGUAUCGUCGUUCAGUGACGCAGCCGGAUCUCACCUGCUGCAGACCAGUGCACUGCAGUUCGUCAGCUACAAUAUACGACAACUGAGCCGUAUCUAUCCCAGAGGUCCCGCCGUUGAGUCCUCAAAUUUCCCACCGUAUACCUUCUGGAGUGCCGGAUGCCAAAUGGUGGCGCUCAACUUCCAGACACCCGAUGUAGCCAUGCAGUUAAAUUCAGCUAAAUUCGAGUACAACGCCAAUACUGGGUAUCUCUUGAAACCGGAUCGCCUGCGACGCUCGGACCGGCCGUUUCAUCCCGGUGGGCAGGCAAUGCUGGAUGGUGUCGUACCCGCCUACUGCUCUGUUCGGGUGAUUUCUGGGCAGUUCUUAUCGGAUUACAAUGUCGGGACCUACGUGGAAGUGGACAUGUACGGAUUGCCGGCGGAUACGUGCGUCGGAAAACAUCGAACCCGUACCAUUCCCAAUAACGGUCUCAAUCCGGUUUACAAAGAGGAAAAGUUUGAAUUUCGAAAGGUCAUUCUUCCGGAAUUAGCGAUGCUUCGCUUCGGUGCCUACGAUGAGGACGGGAAAGUGCUGGGCCAACGGGUUCUGCCGUUGGACGGUCUACAAGCAGGAUACCGUCACAUAACGCUGCGAAGCGAAGCCAAUUUUCCGCUGCCCUUGUCCACACUGUUCUGCCACAUUGUAUUAAAAACAUACAUUCCCGACGGUCUUGGUCCCUUGGCUGAUGCCUUAUGUGCACCACAAGGAGCAAACGGUAGACGCCUGAGUCAGUCAGCUUUGGUGAAUAGUGACAGACACCUGGUUAGAUGCCCGGCAUCACCGUCCACGCACCGUCCAACCUCCGAGUCUGCAGAUUCAGGCGAGGCAGCUGGUUCGGUCUACGACGCGCAUUUAAUCCCCGUGAUAACAAUCACUACAGAUGGCUCGCCGCUCGCCGUAGUAACCGACGAACUGAAACAGAACAAGCUCUUCGUCAUACUAUUGGCCAAACAGGCCGCCGAGACCAAGACUCUUCUGAAAAAACACGCCAAGAACGCCAGGAAGGGCAGAAAGGUCAAAUUCCACGGGGACAACCUAAGAGGUGUGGAUGGUGCGCCGAGCCCAAGAUCGAUAACAGGCAGCUGUAGUCGGCGAUCCGCAAAUUGUUCGCAGUUAAUUAGUCAGCAUUUGCACGAAGAACAGGAGCUGAUGCGAAAGCACUGCUUGGAACGGUGUGAGCUGCUGAAAAGGCUACUCGAUGAGCAUCAUAAUCAACAGUGCGCGAAGUAUGCAGCAAAACACAAACGAGAAAAUCAGGAGCUAGAGUCGCAGCAAGCCAGACAGUCUAUGGAACAGAGAAAGGCGCUGGAGAAAGAUAAAAGCAUAAAGAAAGAAGCCGAACGGAAUUGCCGUAUUAACGAGUUAUGCGUCAAUAAUGCCAAACGGUUCAGUGUAGAACGGAAACAAGCACAGAGAAAACAGCAACAAGAAGUGAUGGAGUUGGUGAAGCUACAAAGCGAGGAACGGGAAGCAUUGGCAAUAGGAAAUGAAACGGCAUUACAAGAAUCGUUUUCUGAGGAAGGCAGGUCGGCAACGGAAAUGGUCACACUUGUAUAACAGAAACUGGCUCCCUAGAUGUGUUUUUUUGUAUUGCAGUCUUUGAAUGCCAUGGAAAACUUGUUCAGGUUGUUUUUUCAGUCAUUUUGUAGGAGUGUCAAAUGUUUGUUGGGAUCCUUGUACAGUAAAUAAGUACUACUCGA